CAAGAGGGCAUUGACUGGGACACGGCAUACUUGACAUUUUUCGUGAGAAAGCACGAGUCCGAAAUCUGCCUUUCUUGAUCUUUCGUUUGUUUCUAUCCCAUGCCGAGUACCGAAUCUUAUAUAUUCUCAAAUUAGGUCUCUAGUGAUUCUCUGUAUAACAGUCUGGCAGAAAUGGUCACGUAUUUGCCCAUAUCAUCACCCUUCAUUAGGUUCGCUGGUCGGUAUGUCGAUGAAGCCUUCGGCGUGGCCGCCGGCUACAACUUCUUCGUUUUUGAAGCCGUUAUGGUCCCAUUCGAGAUUACGGCAUGUAAUAUGAUUAUCAAUUACUGGAGUAAUGCAGUCCCAGUCGCCGGAAUUGUCAUCAUUGUACUGGCACUCUACGUACUUCUGAAUCUCUUUGCCGUCGAAUGGUAUGGCGAGUCUGAAUUUUGGCUUUCUCUGAGCAAAGUCUUACUCAGCGUGGGGUUAAUAUUCUUCACAUUCAUUGUAAUGGUUGGAGGCAACCCUCUCGGUGACCGCUUCGGCUUUCGAUAUUGGAAAAGCCCUGGAGCGUUCGCUGAAUACUACAAGACUGGCGAUCUUGGCCGAUGGCUUGGGUUCCUGGCUUGUCUCAUCCAGGCCAGUUUCACUAUCGCUGGACCAGACUACGUCUCUAUGGCCGCGGGAGAGGCAGUCAAUCCUCGCGGAGUUCUACCGAAGGCUUUCAACGGAAUAUUCUUACGACUCACGGCGUUCUUCGUCCUGGGCGUGCUCUGCAUUGGCAUCUUAGUUCCUUACAACGACCCUGAGAUGGCCGCUGCGUUUGAACAGGAUCUGCCUGGGGCUGCAUCGUCGCCCUAUGUGAUUGCAAUGGAUCGGCUACACAUUCCCGUGCUGCCACACAUCGUCAAUGCCAUGAUCCUCCUAGCUUCUUUUAGUGCGGGUAACAGCUACGUUUAUUGUGCCAGCCGAAGUCUCUACGGGCUUGCAUUGGAUGGUAAGGCGCCGCACAUCUUCACUAAGUGCACCAGGAAGGGCGUACCAAUCUAUUGUGUGUUGGUCGUUCUUCUUAUAGCCCUGCUUGCAUUUUUGCAGGUCUCCAAUGGCUCAGCGGUCGUUCUUAAUUGGUUUGUAAGUCUGAUGACUGCAUCGCAACUCAUUAAUUUUGCGGUCAUCACUUUCACGUACACUAGAUUCAGGAAAGCUUUGAUGGCACAGGGCGUGGCUCGGCAGACUCUACCCUAUCGGAGCUGGGGUCAACCCUACGUCGCCUACAUAGCUUUGGGCUCCACAUUCGUCAUGACCUUCGUUGGUGGAUAUACGGUUUUCCUUCCUGGCAAUUGGGACGUACCGACGUUUUUGUUCUCGUACAUGAUGAUUGCAGUAUUCCCGGUCAUUUUCGUUGGCUAUAAACUGAUCUGCCGGACGAGAUUCUUGAAACCAGAAGAGAUCGAUAUAUCUACUGGAGUGGAUGAUAUAGAUGAGCACACCAGGAAUUACGUUGAUAUACCUUCUCGUAAUCCUCUUUCUCGUUUUGGUGAUUGGCUAUUUGGCUAGUCAAAUUGCAUGCACUGAACUGGAGAUAAGUGAGCGAAACGAUGCCCUUCUGAAGGAUCUUCUGAAGAAUUUGAUUGGAAGGUAUAUAAUUAAACGCAAAUCUGGAUAUGAUGAGAUCGACACGCUGUACGACAA